CUCAUCUCUCCUCCCGAUCCUGCUCUCAUGAGCACACGCAAACGGUGAAACCAUUACACAUGAGCGAGAGAUGACUUCAUCACACAUGUGUCUGAAUCUGGCCACGGACAUGGUCUGCCUCUUCCCACCAAGCAACGUCCCCUAGAAUGUGCCCAACCAAUAUAAAAUGUAGGCACCGAUCUGCACAUUCUCCGUGUGCCACGCCACGGUCCUUGACGUUGGGCCGCCGCCCUUGGCUCGCCACCUGGGAGUCGCCCACACACAGACGAUCGCCCCUGUCCCAAUCCCAUCCCAUGACGCUGACACUUAAAAAGACGCUGUACACUGUCUGUCUGUCUGUCUGUCUGUGUGUCUGUCAGUCAGUCAGUUAGGCAGGCAGGCAGGCAGGCAGGCAGAGGCCGACCUACGCCUGUGUACCUCUCUUGCGUGUGUGCCAGCCAUGUGUGUGUGUAUGGUGUGUGUGCGCCAUAGCUCGCGUCAUCCUGAUGAGCGCGGGCGGCGGGAUGGCGAGACGCUUCUUUUUGGGGAUGGCAAGACGCUUCUUUUCCCAAAAAGAAGAGAUGAGAAAAGGGCACCAAUGAGCAAUUGCCAGUGAGAAAGAGGCACCAAUGAGAAAAUGGCGGAGGUCCUCCUCGUCGUCGUCAUCGCCCUCAUCGCUGCUCGAAGGCUCAUCUGCUCCCGGUGGUGAUGGGGCUGCUGCUGCUGCUGCUGCUGCGGGUUCGCUCGGAGUGGUGGGGGCGUCUUGGAAAGGAGGAGGGGCGACGUCCUCACCACCAACAGCUGCUGCGGCCUCCCGCCUCUCCGUCAUUGCCGCCUCGUAGCGGGACCGCAGGCGCAUUUCGUCGCUCCUGGGCAGUUGGACGCCAGCCAGAGGGACAGAAGCGCUUCGUCCGUGGCCUUCUGCUGCUGCGCCAUGGCCGCCUCGUCCAUGGGCUCUUGUGCAGCAGCGGCCGUACCGGCGCCUCUACCCCGUCGUCGCCCUUGUGGUGCUCGCGCGGGGGGGCUGGUCUUGUCUGGGGUGGGCUGGGUGGGUGACCGGGGGCGGGUGGGCAGCACCUCAGCCGCAGCGGCAGCGGCAGCAGCAGCAGGGCGCGAUGGCGGGCAGGCGGGGAAUUGGAACUCCAGCAUUUCGGAAGCACACACAACAGAAAUCGAUGAUGGACUGCAUUGCGUUCUGUAUGUGUCUCUGUGUUGUCUGCGUUUCGCUUACUUAUAUCCUUGUUGAGUUCAUUUAUAUCCUGUUAUAGUCGUUGGAGCCGUCCCUCCCGCUGCCCGAUGGUCUCCCUGGCUCGCGCCUCCUGCCGCGCUGUCUGGCGGCGGCCGGCCUUGGAGGCCCGCAGCACCUCGAUCUGCGCCCGCAGGCCCUCGAUCUGCUGCUGGCAGCCGGUGAGGGCCAUCUGGGCGAUGCUGCGGCACAGAGAAUGGUUGGAUUGGCGGAAACAUGCAUCGUAUGGCCUCGCUGGGCGACGCCGUCCGGCUGUACGUCCGGCUGUGGAUGGCAGGUGAAAGAGGAAACGUGGACGAAGCCGGGAGAAGCUCACAAACAGACCAAAACAAAAAGAUGCGGUCUCAAUUCGCCGCGAUUCUCGCCGUUAUUUGCGUGUUUUCUCUGUUUUCGUUGUUUUCCCUCACGAGGCCUGCCCUCACGCACCACAUCAACAGCCCGGGGCAGAUCCGGAGCACGGGCUCAGAUCCGGGGAAGAACAGCCAGACAGGGUCGUGAAGAGUGCGCCAGAACUAUUCG